AUGGAAGGAUAUCCAAACAGAGAUAGUUUACCAUAUUAAGAAUUGUACGGUUUGAAGGAUUGUUAGAAACUAGUGAGAGGCACUUUAAGAUAUCAAGGACAUUGUGUGUUGAUGGCAGCAAUGAAGGCUUUGGGAUUCGCAUCAGAGGAGGUCAUCAAAGUUGAUAGAGAGAUAAGUUGGUUCGAAUAUUUACUGAGCAAUAUAAGGUUUGAGUCUUGUUCAACUAUGUUUUUGGCCAAUCAUCACAUUACUCAAUUGGCUAAUACUAUCGAUUAGAAGGUGUUUACGUUAGCUUAAUUGGAAACAUUGUUGACCAAAGUGUUCAAUCGUGUGUUCUCUUAAUACUAUUACAAAGAUAAAAGUGAAGAAUAAUUAUACAAGGAUGCAGAAUAAAUAACUUAUACUUUGAAGUGGAUGGGAGUGUUCGAUCCUAAAAACUUGAUAUUGAACAAUGUAACUCAUGUCCACAACUUUGCUGCUCAUCUAUAAACUCUUAUGAAUUAUAAAUAGGGUGAAACCGAUUUGGUAGCCAUGCAACACAUCUUCAAAAUUGUUUAUCCCAAUGAUCCAAGAGUGUAUGUCAAAAAGUCCACUAUGGUGAAGAUUGGACAUCGAAAUGGAAAAUCUGCCAUGGCCAUUACAGUGGGUGUCCCAACUGCUGUAGCUACUUAGUUGAUUCUGGAUGGAUAGAUCAAGGUCACUGGAGUUCAUAUGCCAAACAUCUCAGAGAUCAACACUCCGUUGUAUGAGGAACUCAAGAAGGAGGGCAUCUAUUGUGAGGAGGAAGAUUAUUGAGAUUGCAGUUAUCUGAAUAUGUAUAGAUUAUUCCAAUUUAAUAUUUUAUCA